GUGCAUGGGGAUGCUGCUGCUGCUGCAUGAGAACCAGCACCCCAAAUCAGUGUGUCCUGGUGCCCACACUCACUGGAGCUGCACGAGGAGGUGUGGGCCAUGGGGAAGCACCAGCUGCCGAGUUACCCUGGCCCCACGAGGAGCGAAUGUUUCCCAACCCCUCCCUGAAAUGCUAAGAAAGCCCCUCUCAGGUGUGGGGAGGACCAGCUCCUCCAGCAGCUCCUCAUCCAGGAAGGACCGGGACAGCCUGCAGCCCCCCAGCUGGUGGGGAUUGGGUUGGACGCGGGGCGCACACCCUCGCCACAAACACAGCACCUCCCAAAAACCCCAAGGACUGUGGAGAAGCGAGUGAGGCCCAAAGCAGGGCAGGCCCACCGUGCCACCACUCCGAGAGCCGAAUUCCCCACCAAACCCAUGGCGAGGUUUCCUUUGCCGUCGGAAGCCCUUUGAGAGCCAGCCCAGGCAGGCAAACCGCUCCUCACCCUGCGUCCCUCCCGGGAUGGCCAGAGCCUCGGCGGGGCUGCAGAGCCACGAGAAGAUGCUGGUUCCGUCCGUCCAUCCGCUGCUCUGGCUGUUCGUGCUCUUCCCAGGUACUACAGCCUCUGACAACUCCUCCAUCCACGCUGUAACAGCUCAAUCCCAGUCCACAACACACAGCCCUGAUGUAAAGAACCACACCUCAGAGCCUUCGGUAAAAUCCACACCGCCAGCCCACCCGAAUGUCACCUCUGUGGGUCCAGCUACCACGGCCAAGUCCUCUCCUGUGGCUACAACUCUGCUGGCUUCGACCGUGCAAGAUGAAAAGUCUAAUAGAAGCAGAACCACACCAGCUCCGCCACCUCAAGGUCAAGAGCCCAAGACCAGCAAGAAUAGCAAGAACACCACAACAUCAGCAACUCAAGGCACCUCAGCGCCAGUUACCCCAACAACUGUGCCCUCUGGCUACUUGCCUACGCCCACUCCGACAGAUGACAAAUCACCACUGACGGUGGCGGCUUUUGGUGUCAUCAGCUUCAUAGUUAUCCUGAUAGUGGUUGUGAUCAUCCUGGUCAGCGUGGUCAGCCUGAGGUUCAAGUGCAACCGCUCAAAGGACUCGGAAGACAAACAGAAACCAGGGACCUCCGUGGUAUCUGAGAGCUGCUCGGCAGGCACGAGCCAGAAGGAGAACAGCAUCACCCUGAUCUCCAUGAAGAACAUCAACACGAACAACAGCAGGAGCUACCCACCAUCAGAAAAGGUGCUGUGAAGCCAAAGAACCAGAGCUUGAAGCUGACUCGUAACCAGCAGUGACUUUCUAGGUUUGUUUUUGGUUUUGUUUUUGUUUUUUCCCUUGAGGAAAGACCAAGCAUGGACAAUAAUGUUAUUAAAUUAUUAUGUCCUUUCUGAUCAGUACCUCUACAGCAGCAUCCCAUAGAGCUUCCUUGCCUGGGGGAUCUCAGGGCUUUGUCCAGUUCCAGCCCGCCAUGUGCAAUGGCUGGUAUCUAACUCUAUUUUUUAUAUGCCUUCAAAUCCUCAGAUUAUUCCAACAGCAAGAAGCACCAAGGAACUGUCUACUUUGCUAAUUAACCGCUGGCUUAGCAUAACGGCCUUUAUAGUCUGUGCCAGCCAGCCGCAGGCUCGUUAUCAGUACGGCCCCAUGUCGAGUCAAACACGCAUUAGAAAAGCACAACGUGAAGUUAAAGGCCUAACGGGACACAAAUGGCCGAGUGCUGGGACACAUCCCAGCACGAUCGCUCCAAGCCCCUGGUCCUUGGUGUCCUCAUUGUCCCCGCAGCGGUGGGGAUGAUCACAUCCACCUACCUCACAGGGUUGUUGUGAGGCUGAGUUAAUCCACGUCUGUAAAGCAUUUGGAGAGCCAUGAAUUAAAGGUGCUGCUGAAAUGCAAA